UGUUGUGCUGUGAUGCAAACUUAAUGCAUGCCGCAUCUUUUUGGUGAUUCUGGAGCAUACGCUGGAGAACACACCUUCGUUCCUUAUAUGUUGUUGGUAUGAUGUGAAGUUGCAUGGUUUUAAAGUUGAUUUAGUGACUGAAUAUUUUUAAUUCUUAAAAAGGAUAAUUCAAAUUUAUUCAUAUUAUCGGUAAAAUUUUGUAGAACUCUUUAGAAAUCUAAAAAAAUAAUGGCGAAUUUCAUUCGCGAUCUUACUCCUGAAAAUAUAGGGGCACCUAUAAAGGAAAUAAAGGAGAAAGCCAAACUUGUCCCAGCAUUUCUGAAAACUAAAGGCUUAGUGAAGCAACAUAUUGAUUCAUUUGAUCAUUUUAUAAAUGUUGGUAUAAAAAAGAUUGUGAAAGCUAAUCAAAAAAUUGUGUCAGAUGUUGACCCUUCAUUUUAUAUCAAAUACUUGAGCAUAAAUUUAGGUGAACUUAUAUUUGAGGAAUCCUACCAAGAACGAAAGCCAAUUACUCCACACAUAUGUCGUCUUCGGGACAUGACUUAUAGUGCACCAAUAAUUGUUAGCGUUGAAUACAUCAAAAGUCAAAUGAGAGUUGUUAAGAAUGAUGUUGUCAUUGGAAGAAUGCCAAUUAUGCUUCGGAGCUCAAAAUGUCGACUACAUGGUAAGACUCCCUUUGAAUUAGCUGCUAUGAAUGAAUGUCCACUUGAUCCAGGUGGCUAUUUUAUUGUCAAUGGAACUGAAAAGGUGAUUCUAAUGCAAGAGCAGCUUUCUAAAAAUCGAAUGAUUGUGGAGAAAGAUAAAAAUGGUGCAAUAUCUUGUCAAAUCACUAGUUCUACUAGUGAGAAAAAGACAAGAACUAAUAUUAUAACAAAGAAAGGACGAUUUUAUUUGAACCACAACAGUUUUUCUGAAGACAUUCCUCUAUUUGUAAUAUUUAAAGCAAUGGGAUUUGAGAGUGAUCAAUAUAUUACUCAAAUGAUUGGCACUGAUGAAAUCACUUUAACAAAACUUUUUCCCUGUAUAGAAGAAUGUCGUAAAUUGGAUGUUUUUUCUCAAAAUAAGGCUUUGCAAUUCAUAGGAAGCAAAUUAAAGGUACGAAAAAUGUGGGGUUCUGUUCAAAAGAAAACCCCGGUUGAUGAAGCCAUGGAGCUUUUAGCAACUACAAUUUUAGCCCACAUUCCAGUUGAAGAAUUUAAUUUCAAAAUGAAAGCUGUAUAUUUGGCUUGCAUUAUCAAGCGAAUGAUAUUGGCUGAAAAAAAUCCUCAACUUUUAGAUGAUAGAGACUAUUAUGGCAAUAAAAGAUUGGAGUUGGCUGGUUCUCUGUUAGCACUGCUAUUUGAAGAUGUCUUCAAGCGAUUCAAUACUGAAUGGAAAUGGACUAUCGAUAAAAUAUUACCAAAACUGAAAGCUGGACCAUUUGAUGCAUUGCUACACAUUAAACAAGAUCUUAUAACCAAUGCAUUAGUUAAUGCUAUUUCAAGUGGCAACUGGAGUGUAAAGAGGUUUAGGAUGGAAAGAAUUGGUGUGACUCAAGUUCUUUCCCGACUCUCAUACAUUUCUGCAUUGGGGAUGAUGACAAGAGUAGACAGUCAGUUUGAAAAGUCUCGUAAGGUCUCAGGUCCUCGUUCAUUGCAAGCUUCACAAUGGGGUAUGCUUUGCCCUUGUGAUACUCCUGAAGGCGAGGGAUGUGGUUUAGUAAAAAACUUGGCAUUGAUGACACACGUCACAACUGAUCUUGAAGAAGAACCUGUAGCUCAACUUGCUUACAAUUUAGGUGUACAAAAAGUUCAUAUGCUUUGUGGCCUUGAAUUGCAUGAACCAGAUGUAUAUCUUGUUUUUGUUAAUGGUAAUUUAAUAGGAAUAAAGAGAGGCUAUAAAAAAUUUGUUAAUAAUUUUCGAAAGCUACGUCGAAAUGGUUUUAUUCAUGAAUUUAUAUCAAUAGCUCCUCAUCACACCCAUCGCUGUAUUUAUAUCGCCACAGAUGGCGGUCGACUUUGUAGACCGUAUAUAAUUGUUGAAAAUGGUAAACCAAAAGUAACAGAAAAGCAUAUACAAGAAUUAGAAUACCAUACAAGAUUCUUUCGUGACUUUUUGAGGGAUGGUCUUAUUGAAUAUUUGGAUGUAAAUGAAGAAAAUGACAGUUACAUAGCUGUGUAUGAAAAAGAUAUCAAACCCAAUACUACACAUCUCGAAAUUGAGCCAUACACUUUAUUAGGUGUUUGUGCUGGUUUGAUACCAUAUCCAAAUCAUAAUCAGUCACCUAGAAACACUUACCAGUGUGCUAUGGGGAAACAAGCCAUGGGGACAAUUGGAUGGAAUCAGAAAAAUCGCAUGGAUACAUUAAUGUAUAAUUUGGUUUACCCCCAGAAGCCAAUAGUUAAAACACGGACACUGGAUCUUAUUAAUUUUGAUAAGUUGCCCGCUGGGCAAAAUGCAAUUGUGGCUGUAAUGAGCUACAGUGGAUAUGAUAUAGAAGAUGCCAUAGUUCUAAACAAAGCAUCCCUAGAUAGAGGUUUUGGUCGUUGUCUAGUCUACAGAACAAGUAAAACUACUCUGAAGCGAUAUGCAAAUCAGACAUAUGAUCGAGUUCUGGGUCCAAAGGUUGAUGCUGAAACAAGAAAACCAAUCUGGAAACAUUUGCCUCUUGAUUCAGAUGGCAUAGCUGCACCUGGUGUGAAAGUUGAUGUUCGACAAGUUUUAAUAAAUAAAUCAAUGCCAUCCAUUACAACCUCAUUGCCAACAGAAGCUGAACUUGAGAACGCUGAGCAGCCCUAUAAAGAAGUUCCUGUUGUACAUAAAGGCAUUUUGCCAUCCUAUGUUGAAAGAGUGAUGGUAGCACCUAAUGCUGAAGAAUCUACUCUAAUCAAACUUUUAAUGAGACAGACACGCAGGCCAGAAGUUGGGGACAAAUUCAGCAGUCGACAUGGACAAAAAGGAGUUGUUGGGCUCAUUGCAGAGCAAGUGGAUUUACCAUUCAGUAAUGAAGGCAUUAUUCCUGACUUGAUUAUGAAUCCCCAUGGGUUCCCAUCUCGCAUGACAGUUGGCAAAAUGAUUGAACUACUGGCAGGAAAGGCUGGAGUUCUAACUGGUAAAUUAAAAUAUGCCACAGCAUUCAGCGGUGAUAAGGUUCAAGACAUAUCUGAAGAUCUGAUCAAGUGUGGAUUCAAUUACCAAGGCAAAGAUUGCAUGACUUCUGGCAUUACUGGCGAGCCUUUACAGGCAUAUAUAUUUUUUGGUCCUAUCUACUAUCAGAAACUAAAACAUAUGGUUGUGGAUAAAAUCCAUGCACGUGCACGGGGUCCAAGGACUGUUCUCACUCGACAACCCACUGAUGGCCGUGCAAGAGAUGGUGGCUUGAGGCUUGGAGAAAUGGAAAGAGAUUGUUUGAUUGGUCAUGGCACAAGUAUGUUGCUUCUGGAAAGGUUAAUGCUUUCAAGUGAUGCCUUUGAUGUAGAUGUUUGUGGGAAGUGCGGUCUUAUGGGGUAUUCCAAUUGGUGUCACUUCUGCAAGUCUUCCAGUAACAUUGCUUCCAUCCGCAUGCCAUACGCCUGCAAGCUACUCUUCCAAGAACUGCAGUCCAUGAAUGUGGUUCCUCGCUUAAAAUUAGCUAAAUAUUUUGAAUAGAAAUUGGAAUUCGAAAGAUUAAAUAUUUUGAAAAUGGCUAUGUUAUUUUAUGAGUUGACCGUCCAUCAAUUAAAAUGUAUAUAUUUUUGUGCACAUAAAUGGUGUAAUAUAUUGUACAAAAAGAUAAAUUUAAUAAAAAAAAAUACCUGUUGA